CGUAAAUGAAGCGCGACACACAACAUCAACAACAUAACGUUAGUUGUGUAAGCGUCCGAGGAGGACAGCAGAAAGAAAGCUCUCUUAUCGACUGUAGACAUGUCUCUUCUGCGGUUAUGUGCUCCGGCCAGCAGACUUGUACUGUCCAAGAGUUUAGCCGUGGAGUCCGUCUUUACAGGUUGUUUCCGGGCAGCCAGCGGGGCGGUGAAGGACAAGCAGCCGCUGAAGAAAGCCAAAACCCCGCAGGGUCGGUUUGACAGCCCCGAGGAGGCGAGCAAAGCUGCUCUGCAAAAGUUCCCUGAUGACGUGAACCCCUCAACCAAGGAGAAGGGGGGUCCUCGGGGACCAGAGCCCACCCGCUACGGAGACUGGGAGAGGAAGGGCCGCUGUGUUGACUUCUAGUUCCACACCAGUAAAAAUCACUCCUGUGUUAUGGAGAUGUAUAUUUUUGUUUGAGAUCAGAAGGUGAGGACGAGGUUUAAACUGUUUUCUGGUUGUGACUGUAUUAAUACUGCGAGGGAACAAGUAGAACUGUCAGUAGACUAAUGGACAACUUAACAAAGUAGAUCCUGGCAAUGUUUAAAUAUUAUAAAAUGACUUAAAUAUGCCAAGCUCCAAGACAUGUUUUGCACAUUGAUUUUGUUUUACCAUGUGGGGUUACCAAAAUAAUGUAUCCAUUAAAAGAAUUAGUUAAAACCAGACAGCCUCUGAUUUUUUUUUUUCCCCCAGAAUAAAUCAGUUUUCCUAUUAAUGAUUUCAAAGAAACAAAAUCUUUAUUGAUAGAUAAGAAAGCAAUGGUAACUGUUGAACAAUCAUUGAUACCUUUAACUCCCAUAGCAGGUAUGUUAAACCAUAAGCGAAUCAUCAGCUUUACACUAAGUUUGUAAAUUCUAAAACACACUUCUCUAAAAGCAUGUGUGUGUUGGAGAGUUAGAGGACUUUAAUUUACUGUAUUUUGGUUAUUUCAUCUUUGGUUAAAGUCAUUGUGUCUGAUACCGUAAUGCUUAUUAACAAUAAAGAGAUGUUUUUGUUCCUA